UUGAGUGUUGCUAGGGACGACGGAUGUCCAGAGUAUCCGGUUACCGUUGUCAAGGCAACCGGAAAUACUCCAGGUAUCCUGUCACUGUACUGGAUUUGCACGUUGACUUUAAAAUGAAACAAGAGCAGCUACACGAGCUGAACAUGCGCAGGGAAACGUGGUGUUGUGUAGAAGCAGACAACAGGAUCUGGAAUCGUCCUGAAAGAAAACAUUUUGCUCGUCACCUCAGAAACACCUGCGACUUUAAUGACAUGUUGACGGUGAAACCGGAAGUAAGAUCUACCUGGAUGACCUGGAGAUCAACGAACCAUCGCGAGAAAAGGCAUUUUGACGAGAGCUAUAAUUCUCAUUUCACCUGAAGAACUUCUCUAGAGCUCAUCAACUCAGAACAUGACAAUAAUAAACAUGUAC